GGUAAUCUAAUGAUUCUCUAUCAACUUGUGUCUGAAAUUGUGAGUAGUACGUGAAAAGUAUGCUCAUUUCAAAAGAUAAGAAUUCAAUGGUUGUGAAGAUAAGGAAAUCCAUCCAACGGGUACUCUAACGAUUCCCUAUCAACUUCUUUCUUAAAUUGUAAGUAGUAUGUGACAAGUAUGCUUAUCUCAAAAGAUAAGAAUCCAAUGGUUGAGAAGAUAAGAAAAUCUAUCCAACAGGUAAUUUAAUCUUAAGAUUCUUUAUCAACUUAUGUCACAAAUUGUACGUAGCUGACAAGUAUGCUCAUCUCAAAAGAUAAGAAUCCAAUGGUUGUGAAGAUAAGGAAAUCCAUUUAACGGCUAAUCUAAGAAUUCCUUAUCAACUUCUACAUUCUACAAAUACUAAUGCAAUGAAUUAUCACACUUCAUCAAAACUGUUGUCUCAUAAUCUAUAGUAUAUCUUUUUUCUUUACGACCAAAAUGUCUUCAAGAUCAAUUAGUUACACCAUAACAGAAGACGCAUUCUUGUGUGAAGUGUAUUUAGACAUUACUCAAGACCCAAUCACCGGCAGAUAUCAAUCUGCAAAUGAUUUUUGGUCACGAGUUGAGGCUAAAUACAACGAACACCGUCAAAAGAAUUAUGAGCAUCGUAAUAUACGCUCACUUCUUUCAAGAAUGGAUAUAAUAACUACUCAGACACGAAUGCUGAAUGAGUGUGUCAAGCAAGUUGAGAAUUCGAAUCCAAGUGGUGCUUCCGAAAAAAUAUUGGGUCAAAAAAUCCAAAUUGAAGAAGGAAAUCGAUGAAGACAUUACUGUUUUUCUUAAGUCUGUUAAGAGCGACAAUGAGCGACUUAUAGAGAUGUUAAAGAAAUCAUCGUUAGAUAGACUGGAACAAUUGAAAAUUCAGCGACAAAAUAUGGGCUAUAAGAACAGACAAGAGAAGAUAAAAUUAUGUUCAUGGAUUUGAAAUCUAUUGACGAUCCAUAAGCGCGGGCGUAUCUCAUUACAGAAAGAUAAAAAUUUUACAAAAAAAUUAAUCUCAAAAUAGAGACUCAUCUGCGGGAUUUGGGAAUCUAUUUGAUGAUUAGUAGUCACUCAAUCUGCUUCCAAACUCCCCUCCACAAUUUUAGAAAUUAGUAGUCACUCGACCGCUUCCAGACCCUCCAAGACCAUCAAAUAGAUUCCCAAUCCAAUGAGUCUCAUUCUUGAGUUUUUUUUUGUAAAAUUCUUAAUCUUUCUGUAAUGAGAUACAUGUUGAAAAUAUGAUGAUUAAAUAUUAUGUUUAGUGGUCUCAUUUUUUG